CUGCUUUUUGCUUCUCAAAGGAGACCCGAAACGUGUGCAUAAAACGUUAAAGUCGUAUCCGAAUGUUGUUGCAUGAGGAACACUGAAUUUGCACCAGACUUAACUGUUACAUUUAUUUCAAGCUGGCAGUUGUCGUUCAGAGUUCACGCUCUGUUUACUUGAUACACUGAAUACGCCUGUAGUACAUUGGUGAUUGACUAGAAUAUUGUAACUGCAUACCAGAAUAUAUCUUUCAGGCUAUAUGACAUACUUUUGGCCACUGCAGUGAUGGAGUUACGUUGGAAAUAUACAAUAGUUUUCGUACUAUUUUUGAUCGAAGAAGAUGAAUGUGUUUCACUUCACCUCGACGACUUACAAAAGGAGUACGGGGAAUGGCGUCUGCAGCGAUCCCCCGAAUAUUCCACAACUGUCGGCCUCUAUAAAUACAACGACCAAGUGGAGAAGUUUGCAUACUCCGGAUUAGCAGAAGAAUAUAACAAAUGUCUAGACCUUCUGACCCGUCUGAGGAGAAUUGAUUACAACCAACUUACAGCCAAAGAAAAGACAGACUAUGAUAUUUUUAAUGAUACACUGUCGACCAUAGUUCGAGGAUAUGACUGGAGAACCUACAACACACUGAACCCGAUCAAUUUCUUGGAGGGUCCACAAGUUGAUCCGUCUCAUCUUCCAACAAGAACACCAUUUGACACCGUUGGUGACUAUGAGAACUACAUAAAGCGUCUGGAAUUAUACCCAAACCAGAUGGAAGAAAUGAUAGAAAGACUUAAUAUGUCAAUAGAGAAACGCCACACCUAUCAUAAUGUAUCAGUGAACAGGAUCCCUGGACGGAUUGAUAAUAUACUGGAAGGCGUAAAUGAUACAAAUUUUCCGCUUUAUCAACCAUUCCUUGAUAAAUUGUCAAAUCUAAAGACAAUCACAGAAUCCAAAAAAAUAGACAUGCGCAAUAGAGCCAAAACAGCUGUCAGAGCCAUUGUCCAAAAGUACAGAGAUUUGAAAGCAUAUCUUGUGAAUGUAUACUCUAAACACACCAGAUCCGGUUUCGGUGUAAGUAGUUGGGACAGGGGAGUAGAAUUCUACAAGGAAUGUCUACGAUGGCAUCUUUCACUGGAUAUGUCUCCAGAGGAGGUACACAACAAGGGACUCCAAGAAGUCGAGAGAAUCUCCUCAGAAAUGAAAAAGGUCAUGGUGAAGCUGAACCACCAAGGUUCUGUCAAAGACUUCUUUGAUAAAGUGAAGGCGGAUCCAAAGUUUUACUUUCAAACCGGUGAUGAAAUAAUCCAGUGGUACAAAAAUGCAAUAAAAAAUGACAUACAACCAAAGCUGUCUUCUUAUUUUAGAGACCUUCCAGAUCUUCCUGUAAAUGCGGAGCCAAGCCCGACUGAUGGUGUCGGGGGUAUGUAUAUAGCAGGACCAUCGGACGGAUCACGCCCGGGGGUCUUUCAAGCCAAUGUUCAUCAUCCUAAUAAAUCAGUGACGAUAAAUUUCAUGGCUUUACUCAUUCACGAAACCAAUCCAGGUCAUCAUUUGCAGAUCAGUAUUGCGUCUACUGUUAAAAUCCCUAGCUUCAGGAAAAACAUGGGUGGAUAUGUAUUCGCAGUGCCGUUUGAGGCCCAGUUCUAUUCAGCAUUUGUUGAGGGAUGGGCGUUGUAUGCAGAAUCAUUGGGUGAAGAAAUGGAGUUGUAUAAGACGGACUACGACAUGAUGGGAAGAUACGGAUCAGAAAUAUUCCGAGCGUGUCGUCUUGUUGUUGAUACCGGACUGCAUUACUUCAAUUGGACAAGAGAACGAGCGGUGGAAUACAUGCUAAAUUACACCGCUUACAGUGAAAAUAAGAUCACGACGGAAGUUGAUCGAUAUUUGACAUGGCCAGGUCAAGCAUGCGCAUACAAAAUCGGUGAACUCAAAAUUAGGGAACUGCGUAUCAAGGCUCAAGAUGAAUUAGGGUCCAAGUUUGACAUCAAGGAUUUCCACUCCGUUGUUCUGAAAGAUGGAGCCCUUCCACUGAAUGUCCUGGAGAAGAAUGUCAAUCGAUGGAUUACUGAAACAAAGAGUAAACCCACAGAGACAGGGAAACCAUGCACCUCCACCGGAACAACUAGAGAAGCUGGAUUUAAACUGGUUUUGAUUAUCUCUGUUUGUGUUCUUCUUCGUUUCAAUCACUGACGAAUGUGUAUGUGUGCUUUGUUUGUAAUAUUUGUAAUCGGUGCUUGAUAUACUAUUUAAACAAAUCGUUUUCCUUGUCAUGAAUCAUAGAUCAUGAUUAAAAUCUAGAUAUUUCCAACGUUCACUGUGGCGACCUACAUAUCGAUGAAAUUUAUAGAAAAGUGUAACAUAUUUGCUUAUGAAAGGUGAAGAUAAUGAACAAUGAUCAAUCUCACAACUCUUAUAAGCAAUACAAAAUAGAUAGUUGGGCAAACACGGACCCCUGGACACCCCAGAGGUGGCACCAGGUGCCUAGGAGGAGUGAGCAUCUCCUGUCGACCGGUCACACCCGCCGUGAGCCCUAUAUCCUGAUCAGGUAAACGGAGUUAUCCGUAGUCAAAAUCAGUGUGCCAAGAACGGCUUAACAAUCGGUAUGAAACACGUCAGACAGCAUUUGACCCAACGAUAUGUUUUAUUGACGAACUAGAUCGUUAUAACGACCAUAGAAUUUGCGAAAUGCUGACUUCAAUCGAGAUUGUUAAAACCCCUAUACCAUCAACUUGUUUGUCAGUAUCUUGCCUCGAUUUAAAAACUGACUAUACGCAGAACAAGCUCUUGCAUAUCGAAUCAGUUGAGAGAUAUAAACACCAUAUGCAGGUGAUAAUGGAAUAUUACUACAUAAAUAUGGGAAGUUGGCGAUGGAGUAUCAGAAAUCAUCCCGUUUGUCAUACAGUUGAAUUGUCAGUUUGCCGUUAAUGACUACUUUCAAUAAAAUAUCUAAGUAUGAUGCAGAAAUGGACGACUCUGCGGUGGGUUUUUUUUUUUACUUCGAGCUCACAGGGAUAUAUCGAAUCGACUUAUGAAUGAAAGUAAUAUCAAUUAUGCAGAUAAUAAUACAUGUACAUACUUUAUCACAAGCUUUUGCUCUAAUAUCGUACAUACGAGUAGUAGUUGACGUACAAUAAUAGUGUAUGUAUAUAAUUAGAUGUAUGAUAAAGAGUAUAUAACUUGCUACUGACUUUCUAUUUGCAAUAAACGAACAUGUGUAUCUCAAAAA